AUGCACCGUAUGUCCGGUAGGUGUCAGUAUAUUCCGCUAUGCUGGCAGGAAAAAAACAGAAGAUGGUAGAAGAAGAGCGUCGCCUGGAUACUGCAUGAAGCUUGAGGAUGCUCAACAGAUUAGAAGAUGCCCGAGGAGUGUGUGUCUCUGCAGGCGUCUGUCAGUGUGCUGGGCGCGCUGGAGCGUGUCGUCCGCCGCUGUGUUGGUCCGGACGGGGGCAGUGUGCUGUUCACUCGAGACACUGGAGAAACACUCAUCUCCAGACAUGGACAGCGCAUUCUCUGCACACUACACCUGGAGCACCCGAUGGCCAGGAUGGUGUUGGACUGCAUGUGUGCACAUGCUAAAGCUACUGGAGACGGCACAAAAUCAUUCAUUCUCCUGCUGGCUGCACUUUUACGAGGAAUUCAGAACUCAGCUCACAUGAACCGCAAAGGAUCUUGGACCGGCUCUGGGCUGCAAAAUCUUACUAAUCGCCUUCUCGCUGUCAGCCGGAAGGAGUUGGAUGAUGCCAUAAUACACAAAAUUACCCCAUAUGCCUCAUUGUACUGUAGUCGCCAUAGUUACAAACUGAAGGGUGGCAUCCUUGAUUUGUUGAUCGGUGGGUAUAUUUCUGGAAGAGUGGCGAUUGGCCAGGCUGAUAUACUGAAACGAGUCCUGUGUGAGUUCUACCACAAAGUCAGUCAAGAUCAAGACACCAUAGAAACAAUCUCAUUCAUACAUUCGCACUUCUCUUUACUGCAUACGCCAGUGACAGGACUUCCUGUUGGCUCCUCAGAGGUGGUUGAAGGCCUGGUUGUGACUCGUGAUUGGUCGGUGUGGACUGAACGGCAAGGUCCAUUAAAAGCUCUUAUUUUAUAUGAGAGUUUUGGGCCUUCUUUUGUUGCCGCAGGUGACAACAUAUCCAUAUGCGUUCAACAAGACUGGCUGCACCGUAAAGAGAGCAUCAUGCAGCAAAAGUUAGAGAGUUUAUUGGACUUACAGGUGCAUGUGGUGCUGUCAUCCGUGAAGCAGCCGGAAAGUGUGGUGCAAUGGGCUCGACUGAACCACAUCGCUCUACUUCAGUUUGUCGACUCGGCCCAGCUGGACUUCCUUUUCAACAUCAGUGCUGCAGAAACACUCUCUCAUCCACCUCUUCAACACCUCUUGAUGCUAAAGUACUGUAGACGUGUGCAACUCGGUGGGCAUCGCUAUGCCUGUCUGGGAACAUUUUUGCGCAUUCACACGCUUGUUCUUUGUGCACCAGCACCAGGAUUGCUUGAUCAGAUUGUGUGUGUGAGCCAAGGUGUGUUUGCAAUGCUGCAGUAUCUGUCUCGGAAACAUGAAAGCUUUAAAAAACAGUUUCAAAGCUCCAUUCAGGUUGCCGACCAAUCUCAGAGUCCUUCUUUGGACCAAUCACAAAGCAUGCUAUCAACUCAAGACCUGUGGGGUGGAAUUAUGCGUGCAGGUGGAGUGCUUCCCGUUGGUGGCAUGUUUGAGUUCUUACUACACCAUUUCCUGCUGAACGAACGUAACUGUGGUGAUCCAGAGUGCUGCAGGCUGCUGGCAGAGGCUUUGUUGUGUGUGCCCAGAACUUUAUACUCUCACAAUCAGAGAUGCUUCUUGAAUAUCCAGACAUGUUUCUUGAGUCAUCUUAAGCAAUUGGACAGGGCCAAAUUGCAAGGGUCAGAACUGCCUGAACUAAAGAUUGGGCUCGGGUUUAGUGAGAGUUCUGAAUUGGCACCGUGUCUAGAGUCGGUCAGUGGUAAACAUCAGCUGGUUGUUUCUGUGCUGCAGUGUUUGCACAGACUCUUAUGUGUAGGGGCUAUUUUACACACCCGCUCUCCAUUACGUACCGGCCCACAAACACACUCUGAGGAUGAUGAGGAAGAGGAGGAAGGAAUGCAAGAGAACCCAGAGCCACUCCAAGAACAGAUGCGUAAGCCGUACUGAAUAUCCUAUAAUGUUGUGUGUAAAUUCUAUACACUGUGACUUCUGAAUGUAGUGGCCUAAAAAGUAUUGGACGCUUAAGUUGUGAUUAAAAAGGUCUGAAUGUUCUUGCAUUACAUACAUAAAUAAAACCAAGUAACAUGUACAAACAAAUGCUGCUAAACCUUCUCUUAAAAUUUUUGAGCCCUUUUUGCAAUUACUUUAAACCACCUGAUAAUUUUUAUUAGAUUAUGAUGUCCUUGUAGAACAAAAACUACGGAAGAGGAUUAGGGCCAAGCAAUAAUAAAAAAUAAAACCAUCUCGAGAUUAAAGUU